AUGAGAGGAAAUAUAUUGAGAAUAAUAGGAGUAGUUGUAGCACUACUUGUGAUUACUCAUGGAUUCACAGAGGCUAGAACACAUACAAAAACUAGAACACAUACAAAAACUAGACACAAUAAUCAUAAACUUCCAAAGAAGAGUGGCAAAACUACUAAGAGUGGCAAAGGUAACAAAGGAAGUAACACAAAUGGAAAGUGUGAUCCAUUAUACCAGUAUCUUUUUGGUACUUGUGGGAAUUGGCCGUUUGAUCAAUCAUCACCUAAUAAUAACCCGUUUCUUCCUAGACGACCAAGGCCACCGCCAAUUAUAUCACCACCGUUACCGCCAAUAACCCCAUCUCCGCCUAUAAUACCACCUUUCUUACCAUCUCCACCCCCUUCACCGCUGACUCCUCCCUCGCCACUAGUGUUACCACCACCUCCUUUAGUGCCUUCUCCGCCCCCACCCCUAGUAGCUCCACCUACACCAUUUUUUCCACCAUUACAACCACCUCCACCUCCUUUGUUAUCGCCGCCACUACCAUUUGUUUCCUCCCCACCACCGCCAUUAAUAUCAUCUUCCCCUCCUCCACCGGAUAUCUUAGUGUCACCACCCCCACCACCAAUAUUUGCAUCACCACCACCGCCACCAAUUAUCUUUUCAUCGCCGCCACCACCACCAAUUGUCUUUUCAUCGCCGCCACCGCCACCAAUUGUCUUUUCAUCGCCACCACCGCCACCAAUUGUCUUUUCAUCGCCACCACCGCCACCAAUUGUCUUUUCAUCGCCACCACCGCCACCAAUUGUCUUUUCAUCGCCACCACCGCCACCACCGCCACCAAUUGUCUUUUCAUCGCCACCACCGCCACCAAUUAUCUUUUCAUCGCCACCACCGCCACCAAUUAUCUUUCCAUCGCCACCACCAUCAAUACCUCUAUCACCUCCACCAACACCAAUACCUCUAUCACCGCCACCAACACCAAUCCCUCUAUCACCACCACCGAUACCUCUAUCACCACCUCCAACACCAAUCCCUCUAUCACCGCCACCAACACCAAUCCCUCUAUCACCGCCACCAACACCAAUCCCUCUAUCACCGCCACCUACACCAACUAUACCACUUGCAUCCCCACCACCAACACCAAUUUCUUUAACACCGCCACCAGCACCAACCCUACCACUUGCUUCACCUCCACCAGCACCAACACUACCGUUUGCUUCACCUCCACCAACACCAACGCUACCAUCUAUGUCACCACCACUACCUUUUCCUUCACCACCAAUACUACCUUUUGCCUCACCACCUCCAACACCGGUGAAUCCAAUUUUAUCACCGCCACCAGCACCGAUCUUACCACUUUUAUCACCGCCGCCAGCACCAAUUUCUUUGCCACCACCAAAUCCCAUUCCAAGUACACCACCCACGCCCAUUACGACUACACCACCAACGCCCAUUACGACUACACCAACACCUAUUCCUUCAUCACUGUGA